UCAAUACAUCGCUUGUGGAUUUUGUCAUUUAAUGUGCAGUAAUUACGUCAUUAAUAGCGGCGAUGACGUAUUGCCCCCAUAUCGAUGUUUCACGUCCUUUUAGAAAGUGCUUACAAGCUAGGUCUAAAAUAAUUCCCUGAUGUGCUACAAGUUUUACUGUCGCAACGACAUCUGUUAAUAACAAUGUUAAUGUCGAUGAAUGUUGUUUUUUUCGUUAGUCACAACGUGGCUGAUAUCUUGCAAGCGUCAACGAUCUACUCACUUUCAGGAAAUCUUUAAUACUGACGCUCUUCUAUAAAUAUGAAGUGCGUGUUUGCAUAUAGAUUUAUAGAAAGAUUUGGACAAAGGUCAGGCAUUCCGGAAGAGAUAUGUGUGUCCCUAUCAGCGUGUGUUGUUAUCCUGCUAUGACGACCGGCGUCCCGGGGAUAUCCGCCAGGUACACGCCAGGCGGGAACUCGAUACAUGCAUACGUACGGGGCGGUAGAUUGUGAAGCGAGUGAAACAGAAAUAACGUUGUAUUCAAAGGAUAUAUAUCAACCUUCAGCUGCAUAUACUCAAAACAAGUAUAUACCUGCAGGAUACAAGGGCCAUGUCGGUCGCAGAUACCAAGCUGGACGAGCUGUCAGAAGCGACUACUGACUGCGUCGCCCGCCACGACCACGUUGUGCAGCAGUUGUUGGACCUGGCAGAUGAGCUGGACAAGGAAGAAAGGGAGGUUGACAUCGCCAAGAUUGGCUUUGCAAGCACUGGAGCUGUGGGAGGAGGACUGGCGUUACUUGGGUUCGGUCUGUCCUUUGUUACCUUUGGGGCUUCCCUCAUCCUGACAGCUGUAGGGGCGGGUAUAUCCGCCGUCAGCGGGGUUGGAGGACUGGCGACAACGAUCACAGAGAAGAUCAUGAAAAACCAAAAGUUGAAGGAGGCCAAGGCAGCUGUUCAGGCCUAUUCAGAUUCAAUCAAAUCGUUUUCGCAUGUUUUGGAAUCAUUUUGUAAACUGUUGCCUGAUGAGGACCAAGAGAAGAUGUGGAAAUCUUUGAAGGAUAACAUUGAAAUGGAAAUGACAAUAAGUAGUGUUAUUUCAGACGGUCGCAAACUUGUUGACACCAUAGCCAGUAUCAAGAAGUUGAUGACAGCGGCUAACAAUGUCAAGGACGUAGUGGAGGGACUGCAAGGGGAGGGAACCGCUGCAGCAAAGGUCGUAGAUGUAGGGGGAAAUCUAGCCAAAGAAGGCGACGAAGCUUUUCAAGCUCUGAGUACUGGGGCUAAAGCUGUGCAAAUAGGAGGCGUUGUCUUGUCCGGGGUAGGCGUGGUCAUUGACAUUGGUUCCAUCAUAUACUAUGGGAUCAAAGUUCAUAACCGAAAACCUUCCGAAGUUGCUGAACUCAUAAGGAAAUUGGCGAGAUCUAUGAACUAGCAUUUGUCUAAUGUUGUUAAAUGUCAAUACAAUGACUGUAUACAUACCAAA